AUGACCCCCGCUACACCUCCACACCAUCAUAUGGACCUCGACACCCCCCCCACCCCUCGAUAUGGGCCCAUGGAAGACUCGCCGAUGCGCAAGAAGGACGCAAAACCAGCGUCGCGGCCACACGACCCCAACCGGCAAAAGACACAGAGACACACAUCAAUGAACAACACAAAGACGCCCAAUCGACAGCGGAACACAAAGGGAGAAGCGCCUGCCUCUGUCUCACGGAUGAUGCUUACCCCGGCGGAUACUCCCGUGUCGAGCAAACGAACCCCCGUUGAUGUGCUUGAAUCGAACAAGAAAACAGGUCGGGUACUAUUCCCCCCGGCAAACAUUGUCCAGGCUGGCUCUGGACGAGCGCGACAUCACGCACACACACCCGUGACCCCACGGACGUCGCGAGUGCGAAAAUCGACUCACAAGCAUCUCCUCAAGACCAAACCCAUUUCGCAGCCACAAUUCACCAUUUUCUCUGACUCGGCGGCUGCCAAGGCGGAAGCCAAUGGAGAUGACCCCUUCGUGUGUCCCGACGCUCCAAAAGCCGCUUCUCCGCGAGCAGUUUCGUCAUUGGCACAUCCUCACCAAGAAAAGCCGGACCCCUCGGUACCGGGCAUGUGGUACAACUUUAGAGGCAAGAAACACUACCGACCGUUCAAACAGGGCGAGGGUCUGGACGUGAAGCCCAAGGUGCUGUUCAAGGAGGAAUUGAGCAAGGUGACGAUCCAGGAGACUGACGAUCCGUUCGGAGGGGGCCCCAUCGGGGGGCCUACCAUUGCUUCAGAGAUUGCAGAUGCCGCCGAAAGCGGAGACUCGGAGGCCGAAACGGACGAGGAUGCCGACCCUCUUUCGUCCUUCUCCGAGGAGAUUGCAAGCUUGAGCUAG